CAGUUGCUCACCAACAUAUCCCAUCCUGCCCCCCUGAUCGUUCGUCAAGCGAGCGUCCAGCAGCAGCAGCCAUGGCCGCCACCGAGAUGAAGGUGCUUCUGAGCGCCAAGGAGUACGUGCUCGUGGCGCUGACGCUGUUGCUCGUGCCCAUUGUGCUGGCCGAACUCUUCGGCGUGGCACAGAUGCGCGCCGCUAUCCCCGAGUUCCAGACGGACCCGGACAUGCCACAUAUCAGUGAGUGGCUCAUCGGCAUCGGCUUCGCGUUCGUCAUCAUUGCGCUGCGCUUUGCCUUUCUGGCCGUGGCCAAACCACUGGGCCGCCGAGUUCUGUCUCCGACCAAACGACUACACGCGGAUCGCGUUGAGCGCUUCGCAACGGUGCUCUUCAAGUUCAUGUACUUUUCUGGAAUCACCGUGGCUGGGUACUACGUUAUGCGCGACGAGAAGUGGUUUCCACCAGUGCUCGGAGGCAAGGGUGUGAUUCGUGAAGCUUACUUGAUCCUGCACGAAGCGCCAGGCUUCGCUCUUAAGUACUACUAUUUCGUACAGCUCGGCUACCAUUUCCAUAGUCUACUGUACAUGCUGUUCUUCUCCCCCAUUCGCAACGACUUCAUCGAGAUGCUGCUGCAUCAUUUGGUGACGAUCAUCCUCAUCGGAGGAUCGUACCUUGCCAACUACUGCGCCAUGGGAGCGCUUGUGACGUUCACGCAUGACAUUGGCGACGUGACCGGCUACGCUAUCAAGUCGGUUGUCGAUACGGGCAACACGCCGCUGAUUGUGGCCAUGUACAUCGUGCUCCUGGUCUCUUGGGGCUACACGCGGUUGUACGUGUAUCCGUUCCACUUGAUCUACAACGCCAUCUUCGUGAUCCCUGAGGCCAAUCCGCAUGUGGUUGGCAUCUUCUUACACCCAGGCAACACACUACUUUGCAUGCUGGUGGUGCUACACGUGUACUGGUAUUGUCUUUUCCUCGUCAUGGGCUACACUUUGAUCCGCAAGGGCUUGGCGGAAGACAUCCAGGACAAGUGCUCGGAUGUGGACGAGGGUGAAGGAGAAGAAGCACCAUUGCUAAAGACAACGACAACCAGCUCUAGUAGCAAGCCGAAGAACGAGUGAGAACUAAGCACGGUUGUAAUUGCUACGGUAUCACUUUCCCGCCAUCUUUACUCCAGAGAGAUUGGUAACGACACACUCGUGCGUACGUUUGUUCAAUAGUAGCGUGAGGACGCACUGCUUUCCAAUUCAUGGUUACCUUCGCUUGAUGGUGACAGCAUCGGCAGGGGUUCAGCGCCAGCACUUCAUGCGCAGUCACACCACAACCAAAUGAAUCGCGGUAGCUUGCGAGCAGAGGUGGCCGCACAGUAAUGCUUUCACGGACUGAUUUCACUCUUCUUACAGGAUUCUUAAUUCUUGAAUUCUUGAAAAGUACUUCAAGUAGCAAGCUCUAAUUGUGAGCGUUUUGGACAGAGUAUUAUGCCGUGGCAAGAACCUCAUAAAAUGCAGCAAACUUCACUUUUUCAUGAUGAAA